AUGGAGCAUCUUCUAACAUUGCUGUAUGGCAUCACUGACUGGAAACAGACCGAUAAGCGCCUCAUUGAAGACUAUGAAUCACAGGUCCGAGAGCUUCGUGAAAAGCUUGACGGCAUGGAAGACGCAAUGAAGAAGAAAGAUGAUGAAAUGAACAAUAUACUUGACGGAGAACGCUCCAGAGCAACAGCCGCAAAUCUGGAGAAGAAGGAGUGGAGCGAUGUCCGCCUCAAUUUGGAGAACAAGGUCGCAGAGGCGCAAAACCUCAACGAUGCCCUUAGGGAAGAACUGGACCGUGUAAGGGACGACCAUGCAAGCGAAACUCGGCAGCUCCGGGAGCAGUUUGAAGAUCUUCAAAUCUCGAGCAAUAAUAUGAGCUCUGGUCCUGGCGAUGCGGAGCUAGAACGCGAAAACCAGGAACUUAGGAUGGCUCUUCGAGAACAACAAGCUGUCACCGAAGAAGUUCGUCGAGAAGCACACGAAUUCCUCCAAGAAAUGAAGCUGCUGUCGCAGCAAAGCGGUUCCGCUUGGGAGAGACAGGCGGAGCUGGAGAAGACUAUCGAGCAACUGGAGCAAGAAGUCCGAGACUGGCGUAACCGAUAUGCACGGACUAAGACGCAGCUCCGUAAUUUACGCGCAUCAUCGAUGGGCCUCACGAUUGAGCAGGAUGCUGGCAAAUACAUCAGAGAGAAGGGAUUUACUACAGAAAAUGGUCUCGUGAAGGAUGUUCACGUCACCAAGUUUCAGAUCGCUAUCGACGAGUUGUUGCAACGCGCCCGAGUGGACAAUCCAGAAAGGGCUAUCGAGUCGAUGAAGGCAGUCGUGGUUAGCGUCCGGCGUAUCACGAAAGACAUUGACGAGUCCGCGCCGAGCAAUGAGGAGGUUCUACAACAGCAGAAGGCUCUGAAGGGCCGAGUUUCAUCAACCGCGAAUAACCUGAUCACUGCGGCCAAGAAUUUCGCUGCUGCUGCUGGCCUGUCUCCUGUGUCCCUGCUUGAUGCUGCUGCUUCACACCUCGUAGCCGCCUUGGUGGAGUUGCUUCGAACUGUCAAGAUUCGGGCCACACCUGCUGGAGAGCUCGAGGAUGACGACGAUGGCACCAUGACACCUGUUGACUCAACUGGGUUUUUCUCACCAAGGAGCAAUGGGCAGACAUCUCAGACUUCUAUAUCGAUCCAGGGAUCAUUCCAGGACCAGGACUCUCUCCCACCGCCUCCUCCUUUCCAAGGUCUCGGUGGUAACCGUGGGAGCGCAGAUUCCUCUGCAUACAGCCCUGUUAAUUCUCCCCGUGGCUCCGUAGAGACCUACAGACGUCCCAUGUCACGCGGUAUAAAUGAUAACGGUGUUGGUUAUCUUGGCAUCUCGAAGAACCUUCCUCCAGCUCCGAAUGGCAUGCUCCAGCAAGACAAUCGCGCGGAGGAUCUCAAGAUAUACCUUGAGGAUCAAACUGCCGUCCUAGUCCAAACGAUUCAGAACCUUGUCGGCUCGAUUCGCAGUGACGCCGAUAUCCAGCAGAUCAGUAACGAGAUCGACUCUAUUGCUGGGGUCGUUGGCAAGGUCGUUUCUGAGACCGAGGCGAAUGGCAACGGCGAUGAAAUGCUUGGACGUCUAGCGGACUGCCGACAGAGGCUAAUUGAGGCCGGUGAACGAGGUCAAGUCCUCGCCGCCGAUGGGAAGGGACCGGGAGAUCGUGAAUGGCGCAUGUGGACACAGAUCCUGCCGCCAAUCGCCUUUGAGAUUGCAAGAGAGACCAAGGAGCUGGUCCAACGAAUCGACCGACUUGUCAUGUCUAAUGGCGCUGACGACUUUUCAUGA